AGAGUUGGAUGAUGAGGAUAAUGAGUCACAAUACAAGAUGAUAGAUGUUUCAAAUGAUGACGAUUCAACCGACGAAGAUGGACCUGAAUUUGAGUUGGAUGAUAAGGAGGAUAAUGAGCCACAAUACAAGAUGAUAGAUGUGAAUGAUAAAGUUGAAGAACCUAAAGAAUCAAUGAUGUUUGAUUCGUUGGAAGAAGUGGAAGACUAUUAUAGGAAGUAUGGUCGGCAAGUUGGUUUUGGUGUGGUAAAAAGAACUGGAAAAAAGGGGAAAGAUGGAAGUCCCAAGUACAUAACCCUUACAUGUAUUCGCCAAGGCAAACCAAAAAAAGGCAAAGGUGAUUGUACAAAGCCAGUUCCAAAAAUAAUUAGAACGCAAUGUAAAGCCAGGAUUUGUGCGACCUUGUGUGCUGAUGGAAAGUCGUUUUUGAGUUAUGUUGUGGUGGAGCAUAAUCAUUGUUUAAGCCCAGAAAAAUCAAGGUUUUUUAGAUGUUAUAAGAAUAUAGAUGCUGAGGUGAAAAGAAGGUAUGAGCUAAAUGAUCGGGCCGGAAUACGUUUGAAUAAGAAUUUUAAUUCCUUAGUUGUUGAAAAAGGGGGGUAUGAGCAACUUACUUUUGGAGAGGAAGAUUGUAGGAAUUAUAUUGAAAAGGCAUGA